UAAAUUAGUUCAAUAUUGUGUGGGGUACGUCUUCAACAUGGCCACUGGGAUGCCAUGUCAGAUUCUAUAAGCUUAUGUGUCAGUGAGAGGGUGUCCCAAUGUCGACCCUAUUUGGGUCCUAAAACAGGACAGUUGCUCGACGAGACCUUCAGAACUUAAGAUAGUCUGAAGAAGGCUUCAAAGUAAUUUGAGGCUUUCGCUAUUUGUGUUCAUGGAAUAUGAAUCUCGAUUCGCUGUCGCUUGCUUUGGCUGAAAUAAGUAAUUCAGUGGCUACUUUAACAAAGAAAAAUUAUAAGACUAUUGUGCCGCAAAUUAAUCAUCUAACCAGUGUACACUGUGCUGAUGCAGAUCGGUACCUUUUCCGCUGCCUCUUUUCUCACGUUGAUUUCAGUGGCGAUGGUAAGAGUGGCGGAAAAGAUUUCCAUCAAACCCAGUAUUUGAUACAAGAGUUCACAACUCUCUUCAGUAAACCUAAUUUUGUCUCAACUCUUUGUUACGUUAUUGACAAUCCAUUACAACAUCAAAAGUCUUUGAAAGCAAGUCCUCAGUUAUUCCCACAACUGAGUAAAGUUUUAAAGUUGACCAGAGUGCAAGAGGUGGUAUUUGGCUUGGCUUUGUUGAAUUCGUCCAAUCCUGAUACUCAGAAUUACGCGGCCAACUUUGUUAAACAGAAAUUACCUGAUUUAUUGCGAUCUUACGUAGAUGCAGAUACUAAUGUGAGGCAAGAAGGUGGAUUACAAGACAUUGCUAUUGAGGGACUACACCUUCUUUUAACUCAUCUUGUUCGUGGGAAAGAUCAACUUGGAAUUGGAGCUGAUCAGAAAGAGGCAUUUCUAAAUACUUUACGCAAAGAUUUUCCUAGGGCUUGUGUUCCUAUUGUUUUAAGUCCAUUACUAUAUCCAGAAACGGAGGAUAUUAGUUUAGAUACAUUUUCAGAUACUUUCACCAUGCCUGUAUCAAUGAAUGAAGCCUCCUUAGCAGACAUGGUCCUAGAAGCUGGCUGUGCUUGUACAAGCAGUGUGGAAGAAUGUCGAAAUACACUCUUACAGUUUGGUCCAAAAGAGUUAACGCCAUCAUCUGUAGCUAAAGUCAUGGGGAUGAUGGCCAAAAAUCCAUGUGGUCAAAUCGACCAGAAUUCAAAUUGGAACAGUGAUAAAGAAAAAGACACACCUGGAGUGACAACUUGGAAUGUGGAUAUAUUUGUUCAAAUUGUUCAGGAGUUGGCUCCAAAAUUACAAUGGACCGAAGUUGUUGCAGAACUGGAUUAUGCAAAUUUUUCUAUACAAAAUAAAAAGGGCAUGAAACUACUUAUUCAAGGGCUCAUAAAAGCCUUAACAAAUGAAACCUUUCCAGUGAAGCAUAUUUACAAACCCUGGAAAAAUUCCGAAGGACAGUUGUCUUUUCUAACUCAUGCGUUAAAAAAUCCAGAUAUCUUCUGCUUAGCUGAUUAUCCAUAUGAGCCAGUGAUAACAGAUGUUCUUAAAGCCGCUCCUGAUGAAGAUAACAAAGAAAUUCUCACAUGGAAAUCCAAAGACCUUGUCCAAGCUUUGCUUAGACUUUCAGAUCUUGGUCAUUACCCAUUUGUAACAGAUCUAUUCAAAUUUCCUGUCCAAAAUUGUCCAGAUAUGUUGACUUUAGGAUUGCUCCAAAUUGAUCUCACAUGGAAUAUCUUGAAACAAGAACUUCUAUCCAGUCUGAUUCCAAUUUUCCUAAAUAACCAUCCAAAUUCAGCUAUUGUUUUAAAUUAUGCAUGGCAUUAUACUAAUCUUUCCACUAAUAUUCGCACAUUAAUAAUGCACUCUAUGGCUGAUUGGUACAUGAGGAGCGAUUGUCAAGAUCAGAUUAGACUUGCUAGAAUAUUAGAUGUUGCUCAAGAUCUUAAGGCUCUGUCUAUGCUGUUGAAUGCAACACCAUUUCCAUUUGUAAUUGACCUAGCAUGUCUUGCUUCUCGUCGGGAAUAUCUAAAGCUUGAUAAAUGGCUCUCGGACAAAAUAAGAGAACAUAGAGAACCAUUUGUUCAAGCUUGUGUAAACUUUCUGAAACGCCGUUUCCCAGCUGUGACAAGUGGUGCAGUUAAAGAAGAACAUCAAACAAAGAACAGAUUGCCAACAGAGACUGUGCAAACUAUGUUAUCUUGUUUGCAAAACUAUGCAAAUCAAGUCACAUCACAUGAAUUAUCUGAAGCCAUCUUAAAUAUAGCUGCUAAUGCUAAUCAAAUAUUGAAUAAACAACGGCAAAUGCCGCCUGGAGCUGUUGGAGCCAAACUUAAUCAAUCUGCUAUUAAUCCUGCUCAACCAAGUCCAGUUAUUGUGAAUAUGGCUCCCCUUCCUAACAUGAAUGCUUUGGAUAUGGGUACCCCGGCAGUGAGUGGAACGUUCCCACAAAGUUUGGCUACCCUGAGUUCUGCUGCUGUAGCUACUGGUGCACCUGGUUCACCUGCAAAAGGAUUUCCUGGAAUAAACCAAGUCCCAACUGGUUAUGGGUCUAUUCAGAAUUUAACUACACAAUUACAAAAUUUAAACUUACAAGCUCCAUUGAUGACCAGCCGAAAUGCUGUCUAUUCUCUUGGAUCACUGGGCGCACAAGCGACUCUGAAACAACAACCACCAUCAAAUAUAGAUAAUAAAAUGGGCGAACUCAGCAUAUUUCCUGACGGUAGUCAACAUUUCAGUAAAGAUGUAGAAGAUGAAGCGAAUUCCUAUUUUCAGAAGAUUUACAAUCAACCACCCCAUCAAGCCUUGUCUAUCGAUGAAGUGCUUGAGAUGUUAAAAAGAUUCAGGGAGUCCCAAAAUAAAAGAGAGCGGGAAGUAUGUCAGUGUAUGCUGCGAAAUCUAUUCGAAGAAUAUUGCUUUUUCCCUCAAUAUCCAGAAAGGGAGCUUCACAUCACAGCCGUCCUCUUUGGUGGGAUCAUUGAACAGGGAUUAGUCACCUAUAUGUCCCUUGGAAUAGCAUUACGAUAUGUAUUAGAAGCACUUCGGAAACAACAUGCAAGUAAGAUGUAUUUUUUUGGGAUUGCAGCUUUAGACAAGUUCAAAACUCGAUUAAAAGAUUAUCCUCAAUAUUGUCAGCAUGUAGCCGCUAUACCUCAUUUCUCUCAGUUCCCGCAGCAUCUAAUUGAUUUUGUGGAGUAUGGAGCUACAUCUCAAGAACCACCAUCACAUUCUCAGACCACUCAAAAUCUUACGGGAGCAGGUAUGGCUAUUGUUCCUGCACAAGUGCCUGUUACCACUGUACCUAGCGUUGCAAAGAGCUUGCAGCCGUUAUCUAUUCCUUCCACAACUGCACCAUCAGUUUCAAAUGCGAUCAAUUCAAAUGCAAUCAGUAAAACUGGGACCAUACCAAAACCUUCCAUUGCUAAUGCCACCAACAUCGACACACUGAUUGCUGGACAACAGAAAGAAGAAAUUGCUAUCCCACCUGAGACGUUUCAAGAUAAAGUAUUUUUCAUAUUCAAUAAUCUUUCCAUGUCGAAUAUGGUCCAAAAGGCAGAAGAAUUGCAAGAACAUGCCACAGAGGAAUAUGUACCUUGGAUUGCUAUGUAUAUGGUUAUGAAGAGGGCCAGUAUUGAACCAAACUUCCAUGUUUUGUAUGCCAACUUUGUAGAUGUUCUCCAGAUCAAUAACUUUUAUUCUAUGGUGCUGAAAGAAACUUUCAGAAAUAUCAAGGUACUAUUGCGAAGUGAUAAAGGAGUGGCAAACUUUUCUGAUAGAUCUCUCUUGAAGAAUUUGGGACAUUGGCUAGGAAUGCUUACUUUGGCAAAGAACAAACCCAUUUUACAGAUUGAUAUUGAUUUGAAAGCUCUACUUUAUGAAGCUUAUAAUAAGGGAGCGCAAGAGCUACUGUAUGUUGUCCCAUUUACUGCCAAAGUCCUACAGUCAUGUGCCAAAAGCAAGGUUUUCAAACCACCAAACCCUUGGACAAUGGCAGGUAUGAAUGUUUUGGCUGAAUUGCAUCAGGAACAAGAACUGAAAUUAAACCUAAAGUUUGAGAUUGAGGUUUUAUGCAAGAAUUUACAGUUAGAUGUUUCAGAACUAAAAGCUACAAGUUACUUGAAAGAUUUAAGUCGAUUAAGUACCAUUGAAAAUCAGCUGUCUGCUCCAGUUAAACCACCUCCAUCAGGAACUCCUCAGCAGGAUGAUAUGUCUGUAGCUGUUGUAAGUGCUAGUACUCCAACUGUAAUAUCAACACCAACUACAACUAUUGCUAAUGCUAUACCAAUACCACAGCAACCUCAAUUUAGGUACCAAGAUAUUACCAACCUAGCCUCUGGAAUUAGUCACCAGAUUGUUAUCAAUGAACAGAUUUUGUUGUUCCAUAAUCAUCAAAGUCUAAAGCAGUGUGUCCGUCCUGCCAUUGAAAGAGCUAUUCAUGAACUUCUUCCACCUGUUGUUGAUAGGUCAAUAAAAAUUGCUCUUACAACAUGUGAACAAAUAACCAAAAAGGAUUUUGCAUUGGAUCCUGAUGAAAACAGAAUGCGUACUGCAGCUCAGAAUAUGAUUUGUAGUAUGACAGCAGGAUUAACUCUCAUCACUUGUCGAGAACCAGUUUUCAUGGCCCUCAAUAACCAUUUGAAACAAGCCUUCUUGAACGUCUUGCGUAAUGCUAGUAUAACUCAAAAAGAACUUGUUGACCAAGCAGUAACUCAGUUGGCUCAGGACAAUACAGAACUUGCAUCAGCUAUUAUUCAGAAAAGUGCAGUUGAAAAAGCUCUUCCAGAAAUGGACCGACGUCUUUCUACUGAAUUUGAACUCCGACGCCAUGCACGUGGUGAAGGUCGUCGUUAUUGUGAUCCAGUAGUCCUUACUUACCAAGCUGAAAGGAUGCCUGAGCAAAUACGAUUACGUGUUGGUGGUGUCACUCCAGUACAGGUAGCAGUCUAUGAUGAAUUUGCACGCAACAUACCUGGCUUCUUACCAAUAAAUGAAACCAGAGUACCAUCUGGCAUAAUAACAAAGGCACUUCCCCCUUCCUAUCCAGAUGGUAUGAGCCAAGUAUUUGACAAAGUCAUUCGUGACAUUGAGCAGAAUUGCCAGCAACUGUUAAAUAGUGUGACCUCUACCCACCUAGGUUUACAGUUGCAAGGAGUCAUUGAUGCUAUUCUUGUUGCCAGAACUAAUAGAGACGUACCAUCGUCAUCUGCUCUCGUCCAAAAGGUUGUCGAGGCACUUGUUGAACAUUACAGCAGCAGCAUGGCUGAUCAAGACAUGAUGAGAUUCUGUGAAUGCUGCUUGCAUGUCCUCAAAGGACUUAGUGACAUCAGAGUUUUUGGUCCCCAAUGGACAAUGAAACAAGUUACUAGAUCUGUUUUUGACUGCAGGGAAGAAAUAAAAUAUAAUUUAGAUGCCUUUGAGCAGCUGCUGAAAAACCAUUUCCUCAAUAUUCAGCAGUUUGAUAUGUACCUUGCCCAACAAAUUGAUAAUGGAAUAAAUUACAUUGUAAUGGUCUUUGCUAUUGCCUUGGUACAAAAAUUUGUCAUUGAUGAUAAAGCAAGUGGUCUCGUCACCGAGGCUGACCUUCAUAACACUAUUGAAGUGUUAUUGAGGAUACAUUCUCGUUCGAGACCUUCUCCUGAUGGAUUGGCACAUUUGGUGGAAUGCUUGCGGAACAAUGGUGACUGUGUCUUGCUGGAUAGAGCCCCUGGAGGUCCUACUUCAAUGAUGCAAUCAGGGAUUAGUCAGGCAAGAGAAUAUGAUGAUCCCCCUUGGCUACAUGAAAAAACAGAGAAUUUACUGAGAGAAUGGGUGAAUAUGUUUCAUUCUGCGGCUGCAGGAAGAGACAGUACAAAAGCCUUCACUGCAUUUGUUCAACAGAUGCAUGUUCAAGGUAUACUGAAAACUGACGAUUUGAUAACAAGAUUCUUCCGAUUGUGUACAGAAAUGUGUGUUGAUUUGUGUUAUCGAGCUCUUGGAGAACAACUGCUCAACCCAACAUCAAUUCGAACGAAAUGUUUCCAAACACUAGAUGCUUUUGUUCGGCUCAUUGCCCUCCUUGUUAAACAUUCUGGAGAUGCUGCAAAUACUGUGACUAAAAUUAACUUACUUAAUAAGGUUCUUGGAAUAGUGGCUGGAGUGUUGUUACAGGAUCAUGAAAUUAGGCACACAGAGUUUCAGCAAAUGCCGUAUCAUCGUAUUUUCAUAAUGCUGUUUAUAGAAUUAAAUGCUCCUGAACCUAUUCUUGAGGCUAUCAACUUUCAGGUCCUUACAGCAUUUUGCAAUACAUUCCACAUUCUUAGACCUGCACGAGCACCUGGUUUUGCAUUCGCUUGGCUGGAAUUGAUCUCUCAUCGUGUAUUCAUUGGAAGAAUGCUUGCCCUAACACCACAACAGCGAGGCUGGGGGAUGUAUGCCCAAUUGUUGAUUGAUCUAUUCCGCUAUCUUGCUCCGUUCCUUCGCAAUGCAGACCUAACUAAACCAACACAAUUACUUUACAAGAUAUGGUUCGGUCGUUGCUUUCAGGGAAUGUUGAGGGCUUUGCUGGUGCUCUUACAUGACUUCCCAGAGUUCCUCUGUGAUUACCAUUAUGCAUUCUGUGAUGCUAUUCCACCCAACUGCAUACAGAUGAGAAAUCUCAUUCUGAGUGCCUUCCCUCGUAAUAUGCGAAUGCCGGAUCCUUUCACACCAAAUUUAAAGGUUGAUGUACUCCCAGAUAUUGGCAGACCACCAAGAAUCCUCACCAACUUCGCUAAUAUGAUCCAACCAGAGACAUUUAAAAAGGAUCUUGAUUCUUACUUAAAAUCAAGAUCUCCUGUUACCUUUUUGUCAGACCUUCGGAGCAACUUACAAUCAACUGACCCUGGUUCCAAGUACAACAUAUCUCUAAUUAACGCUCUAGUGCUUUAUGUUGGCACACAAGCUAUAGAUUACAUCCAUAACACUGGUUAUAAACCAAGCAUGCGAACAAUUGCUCAUUCCUCACACAUGGACAUCUUUCAGAACUUGGCUGUUGAUCUUGAUACCGAAGGCCGGUACUUGUUCCUCACUGCCAUAACUAAUCAACUGCGCUAUCCAAACAGUCAUACACACUAUUUCAGUUGUACUUUAUUGUAUCUAUUUGUUGAAGCCAAUGCAGAAGCAAUUCAAGAACAAAUAACUAGGGUCCUACUUGAAAGACUAAUAGUGAAUCGCCCUCAUCCAUGGGGUCUGCUUAUAACAUUCAUUGAACUCAUCAAAAACCCCCAGUUCAAGUUCUGGUCUCAUGAAUUCGUGCGUUGUGCUCCUGAAAUUGAAAAGUUAUUUGAGUCUGUAGCUCGAUCUUGUAUUCAACCUAAGCAGGCACCCAAUAUUCGGGAACAAGAUGCAACAGAUGUACAUUAAUACAAGCACCACCACCACCACCACCCCUCCUUAAAAAAAAACACCAAAGACAUAAAAGAAUUCUGGUCAAUGGCAGUGUUACAGCAGUGUUGCACUUGCAACAUUUUCCUCAAUGAAGAUUGACUUUAACCAAUCUUCUAAACUGUAUGAGUGUUGUCAUAUAUCCAUUGCCAUUGGAAAUAUUUCUUGGAUCAAAUUAUUACUGUCCCGAUUUCUAAUCAGGCUUUUUCAACUAACAUCCUGUUUUUUUCUCUCUCUCUCUUUCUGUCUGUCUGUCUGUCUCUCUCUCUUUUUAUAUAGAUAAUUUAUUUUAAUGUUCAUUUAUCUUGUACUAUAAAGAUAAUCAAAUAUUUUUUAAUAGACUUCCAAAAAGACAGUAAUUUUCUUUUAUGACCAAAUUCUCUUUUGUUAAUUUUCCUUAUGUACAGUGAAUCUAUUUUGUUUUAUUCUUGUAGUAAAGACAUAGUUUAUAAAUUCUUGAAAGAUAAUAGUGUUUCUACUGGGCCAUGCUUCAGCUACUAUUAAACAUUCAUGUCUUGAUUUUCUUUUUGUAAUAUAUUUUGAAAAUUCUCCAUUGGAACUCCUAGACUUACUUUUAACCAUGUUUUGGUUAAAAGCAAUAAAUAUUUCUAACUUGGUCAGUUUAUUGACUGAGUUUAUUUUAAUUUUUUUUCCUUCUCUCUUUUGACUUACUGGAAUUUUUAUGGUUAUUUGCUUUUUGAUUGAAUUCCAGUUUACACAAGCUUUUUUUUUCUCUUGCCAUAUCAUUUUAAAAAUGGUUUCUAUUUGUGACUUUUGUAAAUGCUUAUUGAAAAUUUUGUAUGAAAUUCUUUUUUUUUUUUCUUUUGUAAAUUCGUUUCUCUUCAUUUUCAAACCAUCUUUUUAUAUCAAAUUCCUGUAUAAAAACUGCUGAAAUGUGAAUUUGUCGAUGCAGUUAAAUGUCAAUUGUUUUCACUUCCUAAGUGCCACUGUAUCUUUUCUGUUGUGAAUAUCUCAUCUGGAUCCAAUCAUCAUCUAGCAUAUGAUAUCACCAUUUUGUGCAAACAGCCUUAUUUAGGGCUCUUGUGACUCCUUUCUGUGAAUAUCUCCUAUGUAGCUAGAGCAUUGGCCUGGUCUGGGAUGUCGGGUGCCAUUUCCUCCUUUUGCUUCCCAGUAAUGAUGUUUAAAACUGACCUGUUAUUAAGGUCUUGGACUUGAACUUUUCAGCAGAUGUGAACUUGGAUGAGGAGACUUUCAAAGAAGGGUGGGAUCUGAAAAUAAUACAAACAUACAUACAACAAAGACAAGGCAGCAAGCAGAACUUGGAUAUGAUUUCUCACCUAUGUGAUACUUAUGCUGAAAUUUGAAAUAAAUUGUUUUUUUUUUCGUUUUUUUUUUUUGUGCUAUAUAUCAUUUUUUCUUCUUCCCCUUUUUAUUUAAAACCCAGAAAUUAUGCUGCUUAAUACAGCAACACCUUCAUCCCCAAUAGUGCCAUAAUCAAUUGUAACCAUUUCACCAAAUGUAUUUUUCCAUAACUGCAGACUUGACUUGUAUAUUUUGUCAAACCAUGGAGUAUUUUCAUCCCCUCUCUCCCUUUUUAAAUAAAAUUUCUUGGAAGGUUAAGUUUGUGAGAAUCUCAAA